AUGCUCUCCUCCACACGCUCCCGUCUCUGCCUCGUCGCCACUCGAUCGUCCCCUUCCCGCCUCAUUCCCCGCGGUUUCACAACCUCCGCGGCCAAUCUCUCCGAGCCUGCAGAGAACGCCAUCCCAACCCACAACCCCAACCUGCGCCAAAAGGUCGCCUCCAUCUCAGAGACCAAUGCGGUUCCAGUAGACUCGAUGGGCGCGCAGGAUGCCGCUCUGCAAGAAUCGACUGAAGAGGCACGGCGCAACCUAGCCAAACAAGCGCCCAACCGGACCACUAUCUGGGCGAAGAGCCAGCAGCCGCGGGAGAAGGCGAUGACUGGCCCGCGAUUCGAGCAGACUGUGAUGGAGUAUCAGCCCCGGCCAUACGCAGCCAUUGAAUUGAUUCACAAGCAGCCCGUCCGAUGGACCAAGGAGAAGGUAGUCUCGUGCGACGGUGGUGGAGGGCCCCUCGGCCACCCCCGAAUCUUCAUCAACACAGACAAGCCACAAAUUUGCAUGUGUGAAUACUGCGGACUUCCAUUUGCAAAUGAACACAACCGGAAAGCUCUCGAAGCACUACCACAAACGUCGUAUCCAUUGGAGUCAUUGGGGGAUCCGGCGGGAGUAAACAAAGCUUCUUCAGAGCAACGAUAG